CAGAGCGGCGGGUGGCCUACGCGGCUUGCUCGGAGGCGGCGGCGGCUGCGUCUCUAGACGCUCGUGCGCCAGCGGGGAGCGGACCGGCGGGCGAGGCGUUGGUAGCAGCAGCGGGUCUCCAGGUAGCGGCGUCGGGCUCCCGGAGCUGCAGCAGCUCGAAGAGGAGGAUGGCGGAGUCAUCGGACAAGCUCUACCGGGUCGAGUACGCCAAGAGCGGGCGCGCCUCUUGCAAGAAAUGCAGUGAGAGCAUCCCCAAGGACUCGCUCCGGAUGGCCAUCAUGGUGCAGUCGCCCAUGUUCGACGGAAAAGUCCCGCACUGGUACCACUUCUCCUGCUUCUGGAAGGUCGGCCACUCCAUACGGCACCCUGACGUCGAGGUGGAUGGGUUCUCCGAGCUCCGCUGGGAUGACCAGCAGAAGGUCAAGAAGACGGCUGAGGCUGGAGGAGUGACGGGCAAAGGCCAAGAUGGAGUUGGCAGCAAGACGGAGAAGACACUGGGCGACUUUGCAGCAGAGUACGCCAAGUCCAACAGAAGCACAUGCAAGGGCUGCAUGGAGAAGAUAGAAAAGGGCCAGGUGCGCCUGUCCAAGAAGAUGCUGGACCCCGAGAAGCCCCAGCUAGGCAUGAUCGACCGCUGGUACCACCCGAACUGCUUUGUGGAGAACAGAGAGGAGCUGGGCUUCCGGCCUGAGUACAGCGCGAGCCAGCUCAAGGGCUUCAGCCUCCUCGCCGCGGAGGACAAGGAAGCCCUGAAGAGGCAGCUCCCGGCCAUCAAGAGUGAAGGAAAGCGAAAAGGUGAUGAGGUGGAUGGAAUGGAGGAAGUGGCCAAGAAGAAAUCUAGAAAAGAAAAAGACAAGGAGAGUAAGCUUGAAAAGGCCCUCAAGGCCCAGAACAACCUGAUCUGGAACAUCAAGGACGAGCUAAAGAAAGCAUGUUCGACGAAUGACCUGAAAGAGCUGCUCAUAUUCAACAAGCAACAAGUGCCCUCCGGGGAGUCUGCGAUCUUGGACCGAGUGGCCGAUGGCAUGGUGUUCGGUGCCCUCCUUCCCUGCGAGGAAUGCUCAGGCCAGCUGGUCUUCAAGAGCGAUGCCUAUUACUGUACCGGGGAUGUCACUGCCUGGACCAAGUGUAUGGUCAAGACACAGACGCCCAACCGGAAGGAGUGGGUGACCCCAAAGGAAUUCCGAGAAAUCUCUUACCUCAAGAAAUUGAAGAUCCGAAAGCAGGACCGUAUAUUCCCCCCAGAGACCAGCGCCCCGCUGGCGGCAGCACCCCUGCCCUCUGCAGCCUCAGCGCCCGCCACUGUGAACUCCGCUCCCCCAGACAAGCCGUUAUCCAACAUGAAGAUCCUGACUCUUGGGAAACUCUCCCGGAACAAGGAUGAAGUGAAGGCCACAAUCGAGAAACUCGGGGGGAAGUUGACAGGGACCGUCAACAAGGCCUCCCUGUGCAUCAGUAGCAAAAAGGAGGUCGACAAGAUGAAUAAAAAGAUGGAGGAAGUAAAAGAAGCCAACGUCCGCGUCGUGUCUGAGGAUUUCCUCCAGGACAUCUCCACCUCGACCAAGAGCCUUCAGGAGUUGCUCUCAACCCACCUCUUGUCCCCCUGGGGGGCCGAGGUGAAGGCAGAGCCUGUUGAAGCUGUGGCCCCAAAGGGGAAGUCGGGGGCUGUGCUCUCCAAGAAGAGCAAGGGCCCCGUCAAGGAGGAAGGUACCAACAAAUCUGAAAAGAGAAUGAAAUUAACUCUUAAAGGAGGAGCAGCUGUCGACCCUGAUUCUGGUAAGGGAACGGGAGUGAGCAGAGUGAGCUGUGGGCACCCCGUUGAUGAGGGAAACCAUGUGGGACAGGGCUGCGCCUCGCCCUCUGGCCUCAAGGCUCUGUCCGUGACAGGUCUGGAACACAGCGCACACGUCCUGGAGAAAGGCGGGAAGGUCUUCAGCGCCACCCUCGGCCUGGUGGACAUCGUUAAGGGAACCAACUCCUAUUACAAGCUGCAGCUCCUGGAGGAUGACAAAGAGAGCAGGUAUUGGAUAUUCAGGUCCUGGGGCCGCGUGGGCACGGUAAUUGGUAGUAACAAACUGGAGCAGAUGCCAUCCAAGGAGGAGGCCAUUGAGCAUUUUACGAAAUUAUAUGAAGAGAAAACCGGGAAUGCCUGGCACUCCAAAAACUUCACAAAACACCCCAAAAAGUUCUACCCUCUGGAGAUUGACUAUGGCCAGGAUGAAGAGGCAGUAAAGAAGCUGACGGUAAACCCUGGCACCAAGUCCAAGCUCCCCAAGCCAGUGCAGGACCUCAUUAAGAUGAUCUUUGAUGUGGAAAGUAUGAAGAAAGCCAUGGUGGAGUAUGAGAUUGACCUUCAGAAGAUGCCCUUGGGGAAGCUGAGCAAAAGGCAGAUCCAGGCUGCGUACUCCAUCCUUAGUGAGGUCCAGCAGGUACUGUCCCAGGGCAGCAGCGACUCCCAGAUCCUGGAUCUCUCAAAUCGCUUCUACACCCUGAUCCCCCACGACUUCGGGAUGAAGAAGCCUCCGCUCCUGAGCAACUCAGACAGCGUGCAGGCCAAGGUGGAAAUGCUCGACAACCUGCUGGACAUCGAGGUGGCCUACAGUCUGCUCAGGGGUGGUUCUGAUGACAGCAGCAAGGACCCCAUCGAUGUCAACUAUGAGAAGCUCAGAACUGACAUUAUGGUGGUGGACAAAGAUUCUGAAGAGGCUGAGAUCAUUAGGAAGUAUGUUAAGAACACUCACGCAACCACACACAACGCAUAUGACUUGGAAGUCGUGGAUAUCUUUAAGAUAGAGCGUGAAGGAGAGAGCCAGCGUUACAAGCCGUUCAAGCAGCUGCAUAACCGAAGGUUGCUGUGGCACGGGUCCAGGACCACCAACUUCGCCGGGAUCCUGUCCCAGGGCCUCCGGAUAGCCCCACCUGAAGCACCUGUGACGGGCUACAUGUUUGGUAAGGGGAUCUAUUUCGCCGACAUGGUCUCUAAGAGUGCCAACUACUGCCACACAUCCCAGGGAGACCCAAUAGGCUUAAUCCUGUUGGGAGAAGUUGCCCUUGGAAACAUGUAUGAACUGAAGCAUGCUUCGCAUAUCAGCAAGUUACCCAAGGGCAAGCACAGUGUCAAAGGUUUGGGCAAAACUACCCCUGACCCUUCAGCUAGUAUUACUAUGGAUGGUGUAGAGGUUCCUCUUGGGACCGGGAUUUCAUCUGGUGUUAACGACACCUGUCUACUGUAUAACGAGUACAUUGUCUAUGAUAUUGCUCAGGUCAGUCUGAAGUAUCUGCUGAAGCUGAAGUUCAACUUUAAGACCUCCCUGUGGUGAGCUGUGAGGCGUGGCAGCCCAGUGACUGCGGUGUGAAUUCGCCCGCCUGACAUGCUUUGUACCGACUGACCAGGCAGAAACUUCAGCUGAGUUGCCGAGGGAUAGCACCUUCACUAAACCUCCUUAGAAGGGAUUUUAUAUGAACACUAGGUCACAUGUUAAAUGAUUCUCCCAACUUUUCAAAUCCCUUGUUUGUGUUGCUGGGGCGGGGCGGGGGUGGGGCCGGGGGUUGCUUUGGGUUUUUCUCCUUCCAGCCAUAACCCUGGUAGGUACACCUAACAAUAGAGGAAAAGUUGGGGAGGGUUUUUCUGUGUGUCUAGACUAGUCCAAUGAAAGAACCUUGCAAGCCACGUUAGAACGUCUGCCUCACUGGUUUCCCCAGGGAAGGAAAAAAUAAUCUUCCGCCCUUAUUUCUAAGUGUUCAUCUUUAGUUUUGGAAAAAUGUUAAGCAUUUAUUUUGAGGUUAAAAUAAAAACUAAUUUCAUACUA